CCUGUAACAAUAAUCACAGCUGUGAAAUAUGUGUAAAGAAGUAAAAUAGCCAUUGAUGAGCGAUCUCAAGAUUUGAAUUUAAAAAAAAAAAUGUGGAAGCAGGCACAAUCUUUGUUCGCAGGAGAACAAGAAGAAGAAGAAGAUGAAGAAUUGCAAGAAAACUUUUUGGAAGAUACUGAUAAUCUCUGUUCUUUAUCUCCCACACAGAGAUUAUAUGGGUUUGCUGCUUGUUCGUUAGCUGGACUCGUUUGUAUGUUCCUGUCAAUGAUUGUGUUUGCCAUACCGAUUAAGUUCGCUAUGUUGUUUACUUUUGGCAACUUGUUGGCUGUUGGAAGCACAACUUUCCUUAUGGGAGCUACACGGCAACUGCAAAUGAUGUUUGAUCCAGUUCGUUUGUAUGCCACAACUAUUUAUAUUGGGUUCGUUCUUCUAGCUCUCAUUUGUGGUCUUUGGAUUCACGAUAAGUUACUAACCCUCCUUGCCAUACUAUGUGAGAUAUGUGCACUUAUCUGGUACAGUUUGAGCUACAUACCUUUUGCUCGUGCAAUGGUCUCAAAAGUGACAAUCCGUCUCUUUGACACUGAGAUUUAGGUAAGGAAUUCAAAGAAGUUUUUUAUUAUCACAAUUUUAUCAAAAUGAUUGCGGAGAACCCAGUGAGUCAUGAUUCUCAUCUUCAAUUACUUUUCAUAUAUGUUGAUUUUGUUAGUCACCCAGAUUAGUGCUUUAAUGUGUGCCAACAUCAUAGUUGAUUUCAAUUUCUUGUAAUUUUUUAUUGAUAAAUGUUGUAUUGAACUUCAUUUCUUAAUGUAAAUUCAGAUAUACUACCCCUUGUUUUA